UAAUUAAAGGGUUACCGAGGUCUAUUUAUGCGUACCGGCUUUUGGCUCCAUCUUGCAUUUCCAUUAACGUCUCUCUGUAAAAGCUCGUUUCUUCCCAAGAUUUCACUCCUUAAUCCUUCUUUCUAUCGAUCAAGAAUCAAGAAAAUGCCGCACUCAAGACCAAACCUCCCAGUUCCAAACACUACUCCCCCACACUCAACGCCGCCGUCUCUCUCAUCUCUCUCCGCCACGAGCAGCAGCAACGGCAGCGCCGCCAGCAGCGAUUUGGACGAAAGCCCCGCGCCGUCGCGGAGAUACGACUCCCAAGAUCUCCAGAUUUCAAGAAUGCCCGUCCCGGCCCCCCAAUCCCACAAACCCCUGGCGGUUCUCUCCGGCCACGUCGGCGCCGUUUCUUGCAUAGCCCUGUGCGGGGAGUUCGUCCUCAGCGCUUCCCAAGGCAAAGACAUCAUCGUAUGGCAAAACCCAGAUUUACGCCAAUUCACGAAAUUCGGAGAGGGAGAUGGGUCAGUUAAGGCGGUUUUAACAGUUGGGACCAAAGUCUUCACGGCGCAUCAAGACAGCAAAAUCAGAGUUUGGAAGGUUUCAAGAAAAUCCGAGAAUGUUUUCCGCCUGGUCGAUACGCUCCCCACCACAAAAGACUAUCUCCGCAAGUUCUUGAGGCAGAGUAACUAUGUCCAAACCAGAAGGCACCACAAGAAGCUCUGGAUAGAACACGCGGACAGUAUCUCCUGCUUGGCUGUCACCAAUGGGUAUAUCUACUCAGGUUCUUGGGACAAGACUCUCAAGGUGUGGAGAAUAUCUGAUCUGAAGUGUUUGGAGUCGAUAAAGGCUCACGACGACGCGAUAAACGGGCUGGUGGCCAGCAAGGGAGUGGUGUACUCAUCAUCUGCAGAUGGGAAGAUCAAAGCGUGGGGGAAAGAAGGGAAGAACAUGGUUUCAUUGAAGGGGGUUUUGGAGGGGCACAGAGAGAAUGUUUCAAUGAAUGGAGUGGUGGUUUCUGGGGAUGGGAGUUUGGUUUAUGGGGCAAGAUCAGAUGGGUAUGUGAUGGGGUGGUUGAGGAAUGGAGAUUCAGAGAAGUGGAAAAAGGUUUGUGAGGUGAAAGCUCAUGAAAUGGCUGUUCUUUCACUGUGUGUGAUGGGGGAGUUUCUGUGCAGUGGGUCUGCAGAUAAGAGUAUUAGGGUUUGGAAGAAGGGAAUGAAUGGAGGAUUGGUUAAUGUUGGGGUUAUAAAUGGGCAUGAAGGGGCUGUCAGAUGCUUGCAGGCUUCUCCAGUUAGUGUUGGGGGUGGGUUUAUGGUGUACAGUGGGAGCCUUGACAGAAGCCUGAGAGUAUGGUGGGUUCCAAACUAUGAUACAACAGAGAAAUCAUCUCAGAUGAUUCAAAGUACAGAUCUGCAGAAUCCCAAGUUCUUGUUGUCCUAGGAUGUUUUUUGAGGUUGUCAGUGAAUGAAGAUCAGAUCAGAAGCAUUUAUGAUUUAUCCCUUUUUUUUUUUUUUGAGGUUUGCAGUCCUUUUGACAUCAUUCUUCUAUUGGUUCUUUCUCAAUUUUUUGAUAGCAUUGAAAGGUUUAAUUUGCUGGGAUUUUUAGCAGGUGGAAAGGCAAAGAUAUUGUAGUUUUAAUUUGUUAUAUCUUUGUGAUUUCAUACAUAUAUAGCAGAGGGGGGUAAAGAAAAUUUAUGUCUUCAUCCUUUGUAUUGUAAGUAGAUCUGAGUGAUUGACAUUAAUGAAUAUCUUAUUUCUUGUUUUCUUCUCCUCAAA